ACCGUAGGGCCAGCGAAAAUCGUAUCCUACACGCAUGGGCAGUGAGGCUGUGUUAGAAAAUGGCAGACGUCUCCCUGGAUGAAGUUAUACGACAGCGCGGUAUUAACCUUAAGGCACCAGCGAAACGACCAAUGUUUGGAAGAGGUGCAGGAGCGGUUGGCAAAAGCUUUGAUGCUCGCCAGAAGAUUGGGGCUAAUGAUGUCCGACAGCGGCUUGGACCAGGAGCAGGAUUUCAAGUGAAAGAUGCCAGGGAGAAGCUGGUUCAGAAGGAUGCUCGCUUUAAAAUCCGUGGCAGGGGAGCAGCAGGAGGAGGAGGAGGUGGGGUGCAGGAUGCUCGGCAGAUGAUCAACUCACGCAAACAGGGGCCAAAUCUGUUCGCUGUCCCUGCACAGACAAUGCCAAAGAUGGCAGUAAUGCAACAUCUGCAGGGCCAGACAUUUGUGCCACAGAUGCAGAUACAAAGCAACUAUAAUCUGGCCGGUCUGAACUCGAGGCAGUUUAACCCGACUGCACAAGGACUUGGUUUGAGGGGCAGCGCGUCGCCACAGCUGAGCCCUAAUAAGAGAGUGAUGGAUGCUCGGGAUAGACUGAGCCUCAAGAGGAACAUUGGAGGGACACCGACACAGGGAGAUUUUGAACACCCCCUCAAAAUAACCAAGACCAUCCAGCAACGUCCAAUGGGAGUCGGAUUGUCAAGUGGAACACGGUCAAAUACACAGCCUCUCUCAGAUGAGCACGAUGGCCCCCACAAUAAACAAGUAAAGAUGGCUACAGCUAAUCAUAUGCUCAAGUCACGGCCUGGAACAAUGGGCUCCACAUUCUCCAUGUCAGGUCCGAUCACCAAGGUGGUUCAAAAUGAUUCGUACACGGGAGGCAACCUGCAGGAACCCCCUUACUUAGUGUCACAGAGACUGCCAUUAUCAAGCUUUAUAGAGUUUGAACAUGUUAUUGUUUUGCUUAUCUUGUCUUCUUGUCCUCCCUCAGGUCAACCCAUGAAGUGUAACCUCCAUAUUCAGGGCAAUGUCAUCACUUCUGAUCAGCCCAUUCUAUUGAGGCUCAGUGACACCCCGGGCGCCAGCAGCAGCGGCACAAAGAAAGACGGCCUCCCCCCCUCCCUCAUGUCUCGCACCGCGGGACAGCGAGCCUCCUCUCAGCCGACCCCCGAAGUGGAUCCUCAGACGAUCCUCAAAGCUCUGUUCAAGUCCACCUCUCAGUCCAGCUCCUCCAGCGAGAGCCCCAGCGCGCAGGCCACCGCCUUCCGCAUCAAGAUAUAGAUCCAGUGUCUGUUCAUUCACACAUUACUGCUUUCUAAGUGUUCCCGCACAAACGCCCACAUUCUACUCAUGCGAAACAGGUUUUUUUACCCAUUUGAUAAACGUGACUUCUCCAGACGAGACAUUUUGCGGAUGCACAACAUGUUGAUGAUGAUGUUUGUUCUUGAUUAGUGGAAGGAAAGUGUGAUGUGAUUUGUUGUUUAAUCCAAUGUCUUGGGGGAUGCCAAAUUAUUAUUAUAUUGGGAUUUUUUUUUUCUGUCAAUGCAAUGCCAGCCCAUUUGGAUAAGUUUUUUUAAAUACUAAAUUAGAGAUACAUUUUGUGUAAGGCUCGUCCACACAGUUGCGUUCAGGUUUGUCUGUACCUUUUCUGAACAGAAAAUUAAGAAGACAUUCAAUGUGAGUUAAUCACUGAUGUUCAUAAAAUGACAUGUUUUGUGUUGAACCAGUUUUCAAACAGUCCUAUUGUGUUUUUAUUUUUUAUUUACCGUCUUUGUAGCAUCGAGAUUGCUGUGCGCCGCGUUUGUGACAGGUUUUACUUGGUUGUCCAGUAAAGAAAGCAGUAUGCAUAUAAUUCUUCCUAGUAUACAUUACACAAGAUUUUUGUUCAAAGAUUGUAAAUUACUUUGUUGCUUUCUUGGUAUGUAAGUCUGGAACGGUCAGAUCUGUCUGUAAAAUGUCAGCAUUAAAUAUCUAGCUUUGUA